CAUUUCCACGCUACAUUGCGCUUAUCAUUGCUUUAGGAUAACAAUACAGAUAUUCAUGUUUAUUUUGUUUUGUUUCGCGAAUCUAAUGGCUUGUGUUAUACUGUAUACAGUCGAAACGACUUACGCGUUACGGCAGUCUUCAGUGCUGAUUUAGACGCCGACUGUGUAACACAUGCUGGAAUAUUUUAAAUUUAGAAUUAACUGACGUGUGCGCAGCUAUAGCUACAUAGAUUUAGAUUUACUCUAUGGAAUGUUGUUGUGAAUUUGUUAUAUUGAUUUAAAGACAUUUGUGAAGUGAAUUUUGUAAUGUCCGAAAUGAGUGCAGUGGUGCAAACAGCGCAGACAUCUAUUGAAGACGCUGGUGCUGUAUCAGCUCGGUGGUCAGCGCUUCGAGCAGCUGCUAUUCGCCGCGGCGGCGCCCGGCGUCUCCGACGAGAGAUCGCGGCCCUGCGAGCGACCCUGGACGAUGUCUGCGAGCCCGGUGACUGCGCACCCCAACCGCACACUAGGGCCCAGCUACACAGGAGAAUUGAGGAGCUGAAGGAGCGCCUUUCCCGUCUGCUGGAAUGCAAGGUGUCGAUGCUGAAGCUAACGGUGUCUGUACGUCGGGCUCUCGGAGACACGGAAACUGAUGAGACCGGCCUCACUACAGACCUGACUGCCUUGCUGGCAGCCUGGGAUGACGCCCAUCAACGCACGUCAAACGAACUGCUGUCGCUAGAGAAAGCCGUAAGCGCGUGGGCUGAAUGGGAGAAUGCAUUGCGAGAGCUCCAGGGAGCGUUACGCGGAGAUCUGGCAACACUGCAGUCGUUGCGAGACAAGGGCGCCAAGGAGGAAGAUCAGGGAGAGGUGGCUGCUCAGAUACGGCAACUGGCGGCAACACUCGUCGACAAGAAGAAGGUUUCCUCUACGUGCGACUCGCUGUCGGAUUCUGGCAUCUCAGACGGAGACAGCGAAGCGGCCGGCGGUCGCGCGCGGCGUCUCGGCGCACUUCGGGAACUGGCCAAGAGACUGCAGGCAGCACUAGCGCCCAACUCCCCCGCUCAUAGAGCUAUCGCUAAGCGCAUGGAACAGACUGAAAAUGAGGUGAAAAUUCUACAAGAAUCAUGUCGCGCUCUUGUUGAGCAAAGUAUUCCUGAUUUUAAAAUUGACGACGACUCGGAGCAAAUAGUUGUUCCGCAAAACAAAACUGGUUCGGGAGACCCUGACUACAACCCAAGAAGUGGAUGGGUUUGGCGAGUACUGCGGUCAUCUAUCCCCAUACAACUUUGCCUCGUCGCUUUACUAUUGGCUGCGUGGCUCGUAGAAAGACCAAGGUGUUGCGACGCUCUCAACUCUCUAGCCCAGACUUUGACGCCGCAACUGCGUUAUGUCCGCGGCCCGCCACCAGUGUGAAGACGCCUUUAUGAGCUAUGGUCUUAAUGACGUUUUGACGUAAUAAUAGUCUGUGAAAUGUUCUAAAUUUGUCAAUUAUAGACUUAGAGAGUGACAUUUAUAAUGAUAAAUGAGUUUUUUAAAACUAUUGCGACUAGAAUAGCACAAUUUCGGAGAAUUUACUCGAAUAUAUUGCUUAGAUUUUUUAUUCGUAGACAAUAAAGGUUUGAAAGAGAAGCGUAGACUAACUUCUUGCUUGUUGGGACGCUAAAGAAGAAAUCGCUUUUAAUAAAAGCAUGUUUGGUCUGUCGAAAAGGAAUUGAUUGAGAAUGAAACAAUUGAAAACUACUACGUAAGUGGUCAAAUGGUUGUGAUUUACAUCAUCCAACUAGAGUUGUGGUUAUAUGACUGAGUGACGGGGUUGGGUAAUAUAUUUGUUCAACUGCUGACAACCCCACGCAAGCACGGUUGAUUACGAGAGUGAAUGUCAAAUAACUAACAUUUCAUUGAGUAUUUUUUAUUUAUGUUGGAGUGUGAACGGAUUUUUAGGUAGACAAGUAACAUUAAUAAUUAAUUUUCAUUUUAAGAACUAAGAGAAGUGUUGCCCGCAACAAAAAAAAAAGUUCAAUAAACGGAAUAUCGUGUCAUCUGUAUCAGAUGAAGUUCAAACUAGUUAUUAACUAACGUAGCGAGAUAUAACAUUGUAUUCAAUCUACUUUAGUACAAUUAAUUAGGUUUUUAAACUAUGUGUAGAAUGCGCCUAUAGGUUGUUUUUUUUUAAGAAUAUAUCUUAUAUUACAGAGUGCUAAUUAAGUAUAUAUUCGAACAUGGCGCCAGUGAUCUAAAGUGAAUAGAUCGUUUUUUUUCGAUUUAUUAUAAUCAGCAAAUCCAAAAUAAAAUCAGUUAUAAUUUUAUUAUUAUAACUUAUAAUGUUUCCAAUUUACCACCAUUUCAGUAAAGUUGAUGAUAGAAAUUAAGUGUCAAGAUUUCAUUGCUACUUUCUUAAGGUGGGUAUCCACUAUGUUCGCGCACAAACUGUGCUCCGCGCUAAUGGACACGGUACACGCAUCUCCAAAAGAAACUAGUCUCGUUGUGAACAAAUAUUGUUUUUUUGUUAGAACCCAAAUCUGACGAAUUAUAAAAACUGCAUACGAAUAUCUUCAUCUGAUUUUGAAUAUAUGUUUAAUUUGGUUCAAUUAGUAAAACAAAUAUAAGCCAACAAUUUUUCAUUUUAUAUUGCAAACGUGGGUCUCUUUCGAUUAUCACCCGUACCUCCUGUUAAUUUAAAUUUUUAAAUUCUCAUUCUUCGGAUCCUUUUUUGACCACCUAUCCAUUUAUCCGAUUUUGACACACGACGAAUGCACCUUCACGAUCACACUGAAUUCUCUUUUGUUUUACUCAAAAACUAUCGAUUGGAAAGCCGAAAGCGGAGAGUGCUCAACAGAGCGUGCGCUCGCGAACAAAUCCAUUGUUUGGGAGUAGUUUCAAGAUCGCGGAGCGCGAUAGAUGCGCAAGAAGAGUGGAUAGCCAGCUUAAUAUCGCAAAAUAUAAGUACACACGUACUUCCGAAAACGGAUAUAGAAAAACUGGAUAUUUUUAUCAUUAAUUUAAUGGAUUUUUUAUCAUUAAUUUAAUAAUUGCAUUAGAUUCUAUAAAACUACACAGUAACUAAUGUUUACUACAAUAAUCAUAUAGAUCGUGAAUACAGUUCAAAUAAAAAUAAUAAUGUUAUUCGUUUGGAUUUAAUAAUUCAAUAAAAAGUGAUAACUACAUAUUAAAAUAAUCGUAAUUUUUUAUACUUGGUACCUCAAUCACUGGCAAGAUAAUUAUUAUGGCAUUAUUGUGUUAUUUUUUAAUUGUUUUAUUUGUAUACCUUUUAUAGAUGGACAUGGUUUAUUUUAGUAUGUUCUAUUUAAUAAAUUAUGCUAUUGAAAAAGGCAUAAAAGGCAUUUAUUUUCUCAAAAUUGAUUCCUUUAGAAUUCUUUUUGAUGUCAUUUCUUAUACUCCUACCGCUUCGGAAACAAAUGGCGCUCUGAGAGAGAAGAAGCGGCGCAAGAAGAAGAAAUGGCGUAGUAUCUGAAUAAUAUGAUACAUAAUGUCUAAUUACCUUUAUAUUAUAUACCUCAACAUACAUGUUUGUCUCGGCUAUCAGCUGAUAUGUUUCAAAAUAUUUUAAAGUUAAAUACUGAUUAUAAGUAGGUAUAUAUAUAUAUUUAAAUACAGACUUUCGCGACUAAAAUGUAUCAUUUAGGUCCGAUUAUUUUGAGUACCUACUGAGUUACAUAAUAGUUUAUUCCCUCAUAGAUCAGUCCUUUUUAUAUUACUUUUCCAGUUUAAUCCAUUAAAAAUUUAUUUAAAGGAUUAAAAUGCGUAUAAUUGUAUGUCAGUACCUCUGAAAACGUUCUCUGCAAAUGUGGCAACGUCAGGUUAAAUAAAAUAAUAAAAAAAAUAUAAUUUCAAAAUUAAAAAAAAUACAGUUACAAUUUAAGUUUGUUAGGUUUUAAUCCGUAAAAAAGUAUUUAUUUUAAUACAUAUAUACCACAAAUUUUGAAUAAAGGUCGAGUUAUGUAGAAAACUUAGGUGACCAUAAAUUUGCUGUCAGUUUUACAUAUUCGAAAAUAAAAAUUAUUAAUUCAAUUAUUUAAUUACAUAUUGUAAUAACGUUUCAAAAAUAUCGCCUAAAAUUAUUGACAAUGCAUAAACAAUAAACAUGUUUCUAGGUAUGAAUAAAAUUGUGAAUUAAACGAGCUUUUGUCAAUGAUUUUCUAUUUUCGUGAAUUUUUUUUCAUUAAUGUGUCCAUGCCUACUGGAUAACUGACAAAACAAAUUUUUUGGUAACUUUAUAAAUGUACUAUUAUUUUUCUUGACGGUAUAAAUAAUUACAGCUUAAAAUAUAUAUUGUCUCAGUAUAGAAUUAUUUAAAAUUACUAUAUUUUAUCUGUACAGUAUUUAUUCAUAUUAUUUUGUGACUACCGACAUUAUCCGCGGCAUGAACACCAAAAAUAGCCUUAAUUAUGUCCUGAACUCUUGUUCAUAUUCAGUAGUAUUCGAGUUAUGCCCGGACAAGCAGACACACAGACAAAAAUUCUAUAAUCUAAUAAUAUAAUAUAUUUUCAAUUACAGUUGUUAUGAUUUUAUUAAAUAUGACAUUUAUAUUGCUAUUUUAUAUUAAUAUAUAUAUAUAUAUAUAUAUAUAUAUAUAUAUAUAUAUAUAUAUUUUAUGGAAAUAAUAAUUGUAAGGCGCAUUCUUAAUUCUUGUUGUGAAAUAUAAAUUAAAUUUAACGUAAAGUUAAGUAGUUUCCUGUGGUGAGUAAGAUUGAAAAUUAAAUUGUUUUUUUUUAAAUAUUGAAAUUAAAAUGUAUACCGCCGAUGAUAGAAAUAUAUCACCAUUCACCACAGGAAAGAUAUGUUGGUAACUGUUCUACUAACGCAUAACAGUAAAAUAAAAAAUUCGUUAAGGUGCGUACAAAUUACGCGCGGCAAAGGUGCGAUCACAUGUUCGAGUGUCAUUUAUUUUAUAUUUUUAAAUAUAAUAUAAUUAUAAAAAUAAAAUGGGUUUGCAUAAUAUUACAUGACUGGUACAAGUAAAGUAAACAUUUUGUAAAAAAGAGUAUUACAACCACUGACCUGUAUAAAUAUUAAAUACCACUGGACAGGCUGUUCCAUACGUUUAUGCUAUUUGAAGCGCACCCGCGAGCGUCCAGAGAACUAAUUUUGACGUAUAAUACAAAUAUAAUACAAACGAAGAAACCUACAAUACUCUGAAGUAUUUUCCUUUUGAAUUAAUUUCGUUCGUUUUCCUUGUUAUUUAUACUUCAAGAAUCAACGUAUUGAAGUACACAAUUUUUUUUUGUAAAUAGUUUUCCACAUCUAUCGAGGUUUGCUAAGGUUGGCAUCACUAAUUUUAGUACCGCAGACUCUCGCUACAUGGCCAACAGCGCCAAAAUGGCGAGUAUCAAACAGGCACAAAAGUACUCUGACAGUCCAGUGGUUAACAUGCUCUAUUAGUGUUGUAAAUUAUAGAGUACGCCUACAUGAUAAAGAGUACAAUACUCUAUCUUCGAGUACGGUUAGCAAGCCUAAUAAAAACAGUCAAUUUCAUUAUUAUUUGUCCUGUUUUACAUAUUCAACCCUGAGGCCCGUCUACAUAUCACGCGGCCGCCGCGCGUUUAUGUUCGAUGGUUUGCCGCGCUUAAUUUGUACGCACCUUUAUAUAAACACUUGACGCAAAUUAUGUAGUAAAAAACUAUAUUGUUUUUUAUUGGCUUAAAUAAUAAUAAUAAACGAAUUCCUAUACAAACUUAGGUACCAGAAUACUGUUGGAAUGCGUUAGUAGAUAUUAUUUAGUUCUUAUGGCGGUUGAUGCCUUAGUAGUGUGUCAUAUUUCUUAAGGCUUUUUUAUUUUAGUUUUAAGCUUAUAAGGGUAUGAUCAUGCUAUGAAUGCGCAUUUAUUUUUUAUCAAAGGAAUGGAGAUAUAUGUUUGGUAAACAUCAUGUUGGUUUUUUUGGAAUGGUAAAUAAAAUUUGAUAUUUUA